AUGUUUGUAUUUAUACGCAUGUCGACUAGUAUAAGGUUUGUAAAUGUGACCUAUUGCAAAUUUGUUUAUGUGAAUGAGAUAGUGUCUAGAUAACUUAACCUAGAACGUGUACCAUGUUGUUGUCCAAGUGAAAUUUAUUUGCAGGUGAGAUUGUAUAAUAAGCUAUAUGGGUGUCAUACUUAUAUUUGCAUUUGUUUUGACAUUUCAGUGCAAAGAUGCCUUUAUUUAUUGUGGAGACUACUUGCAGCCUCAUUGGUUGGCUCUUUCUGUACGUGUUGCUUUGUUUCUUCAAUACUGACAGAGAUAAUGAGUGGAACUGUAGGUUGGUAACUCUGUUUCAUGGCAUACUGAUAGUCUGUUUGACUGCCUAUAUUGGCUUCAUCGCUGGGCCAUGGCCUUUAACACACCCAGGCACAGAAAACACAUCUCUCCAGAUAUUGGCUCUAGUCCUCAGCCUGGGAUAUUUCCUCUUUGACAUGGCUUGGUGUGUGUACUUCCGUACGGAGGGUCUCGUGAUGCUGGCCCACCACACCAUGAGCAUCCUCGGGAUUUUGCUAGCUUUGGGUCUGGGCGAGUCAGGCAUCGAGACCUGCGGCGUUCUCUUCGGCAGCGAGAUCACCAACCCGCUCCUACAAGCACGCUGGUUUCUCAAGCGGGUGGGCCGCUACGACAGUUUGGCUGGAGACGUGGUGGACCUGCUCUUCAUUGUUUUGUUUGCCUCUGUGAGGAUUGGCGUUGGAAGCGGAAUGCUGUACUGUGAGUUAAUUUCCCCAAAGCCAUCACUGAUUGUGAAAAUAUGCGGGGUGGCUAUUUACACGCUCUCCUGGAUCUUCAUGAUAGACAUUGGACGGUUUGCCUGUCGGAAAACUCGAGCCAAAUACAGGCGAUGGAAAGAGCAAAGAAAACUGGAUGAUGCUAAUGGACAUGCGGAUAAGGUCAAAUAGGCCGUUUUAAACAUGUGGGAGGAAAGAAUGUGUAAAUUGCAGGAUUUAGAUGAAUUUUUGUGUGUUUACUAGAUAAGUAUUUUCAAAACAGUUUGAUAGAAAUUGCACUCAUCAAUCUCUAGUAAUGAAAUAUUUAUAGGCUGGACAUUACCUAAAAAUGCAUAGUUCACCUCCCCCCCAAAA